ACCCAACAACACCCCAUCCGUCCUUCCCCCUCCUCUCUCUCUCUAAAAUCGCAGUUUAGAGAGAGAAACGGCCUUUGGUCCGCCGCACAGUCGCUAAGCCGGAGAGAGAGAAUCUGCGACGGAGGCGCGAAAUCAGAUCCAUUUUCCGAGGAUGGGGAUGAAGAGAUUUGCAGUCCUUCUCUGCGCCGACGAUUCCGAAUACGUCAAGAAGAAGUACGGCGGAUAUUUCGGAGUUUUCGUCAGAAUGUUGGGCGAAGAAGGAGAGGCUUGGGACCUUUUCCGAGUCGCCGCCGGCGACUUCCCGGCCAACGAUCAGAUCGCCGACUACGACGGAUUUGUUAUCACCGGCAGUUGCAACGACGCUCACGGCGACGAUCCUUGGAUCUGCCAAUUAAUCGUUCUGUUGCAGAGAUUGACGUCCUUGAAUAAACGAAUCCUCGGUAUUUGCUUCGGCCAUCAGAUACUGGGACGUGCUUUGGGCGGAAAAACGGGCAGGGGUAGAUCUGGAUGGGACAUUGGAUUCACAACCGUCCACGUGUCAUCAUCUCACAAGCUGUUCUCAUCUCUGAAAAUACCAACCGCUCUCUCUGUGAUCGAAUGCCAUCGGGAUGAGAUUUACGAACUUCCCGGGAAGGCUGAAGUGAUUGGAUGGUCAGAUAAGUACGGUAUAGAGAUGUUCAAAUAUGGAGAUCAUAUUCUAGGGAUUCAGGGUCAUCCCGAGUACACUAAAGACAUUCUUCUUCACCUGAUUGACCGUCUCGUCCUUAAGAAGCUCAUUACGGAUUCCUAUGGUGAGGAGCUGAGGAGUAACGUGGAAGAAGGUGAAGCAGAUAGGGAAGCAUGGAAGAGGCUUUGCAUCAACUUUCUCAAGGGUGGGUUUUGAUUUUGGGGACAAAAUUGGAAUUUUUUUUAAUAAUGUAAAUAUGGACGUAAAACCGUCUAUUCAAGACUUAUCUAGACCUAUUAUCGACUUUAAAAAAUAAGGUUGCAUUUCGUUUA